AUGCAGACGCAGCAAUCGUGGUGGCAGUACUUUCUGCUCAGUUUUCUGUCUUUACUCGCUAUUCGCUAUGCAAGUAGCGCAAGCACACCACUAAACACUACCCUCGAUUCAGUAGCCGCAAUUACAUGCCAAUCAGAAGACUCGCCAAACCCAAUUGCAACGACAUAUCCAAACAACGCUACUGGAGUCCUCAACGGCACAGUUUCAAUCGUACCUAUCCCACUGGAUCUCGCACGCCAACUGAUUCCCUCACAAUACCGCAUCUUGGAACAUGCAUACCGCCACCUCCUCCCCACAUUCCCAAAAGACAUGUACCCCGCCGUCGUCCAAGCUGUGCACGACCACGACAUCCAAUUCGGAGGCUUCAAAAUCUCAGACUUUUCUCGCGCAGGAAUUGAAUUCCCAUUCCUAGACCUCCUAGGCGACAACUCCACAUCCUUCAAAUGGGUCCCCUCGCUCUUAAUGUCUGCCGACAACGCCGCCGCCAUCCAAGGAGCACAGGCUUACGGCACCACUACCUACCCUUCCACUUUUGACCCCACAUGCAACUCCUACCGUGCCGUGCCCGACGCCGCCAAUCCCGGCACCACGGCCUACAGCGGCCGCAGCGUCGAGUUCGGGGCCGCGUGUGCAGACACGCAAUUCCACAGCACCACCGAGGCACCGUACCCGCUAGACUUCUUCGUCAACGUCACGAACCAAAUCAUUUUCGCGAAUGGCAAAUCCUGCGAUAAUAUGAUUCGUCUGUUCGACACGAGCUUGAGUACCGCGCCGAAUCGGAUCGAAAAUGUCAAAGGGUCUGUUCGUGCGAAGAUGGAGCCCUUCAAGACGGAGCAGGUGUGGGAUGGCGUUUAUGGCAUCAGAUUUGCGUCGGCCUUCAUUGAGAAUAAUUAUCUCCCGUGUGAGAACUUUCGGGGCUACGGGGCGUAG